AUGGCUCCUAAGAGAAGACGAAGCUCAAUUGAACCAGCAGACAGUUUUUCACCUUCACUAGACAAGAUCUCUCACACCAAUCGUGCAGCUUCUGUUGCGUCCACUUCACGCAAAGCUGGUCCUUCCAAAAAGAAAAGUAAAAUAGUACCUUCCAACUCCACGCCUGCGUCGACUCCUGUUACGUCUAGAAAAGCUAGAAAACUAUCCACAACUCCCGCUGCUACCAAAGCUACAACAGAGGCCAAACAACGACCUUCACAGUCUCGUCCAUUGCAGUUACCCAAAGAACCCGUUGUCGUUGAGGACAAACCCAGUACUGAGAACCCAGAUGAAGACGUUGACGAUAGCGACAAUGAGAUCUUACCCCUUGCGCCUACACAUCCUGACCUCCUUGAACCAAAUCCAUAUCCCAACUUAUGGCAAACGCCUAUUCCUUCCAGAAAAUCGGGAAAGCCAAUGGCGCCAGAAACUAUCCAGUCAGACGAGGACGAGGAUAAGGAUAAGGAUGAGACUUCUGCUCCACCCAUAAUGCCACCUCGGUUGUCGCAAGGUUCUCUUAUCAAAUAUAUCGACACUCCUAACCCUCAACCAAUAGCUGAUCUCAGCAACAACCCUGCCGCUGCCCACUACAGACAGCAACGAGACGAUCUGUUCGCGACCCUACAAGAUGUGAUCGAUCCUUAUGUUUACGCCACAGAGCUGCGACUAGAACAGCUUUCUCGAAACUAUAUGAGCUUGCUCGGCUCUGUACCAGAAGACUUGCAAAAGCUCUCCCAAAGACCACGGGUCACUGUAGCGCCCUUGCCUGAGUUUGUUCCUUCUCAGACUCCACAUGGUGAUGAGCCUAUGGAGGAGGAAUUGAGAAGGCUCACAGAACAGCGUGAUCGCGCUGAAGGGUAUGCUGAGGAAGUGAGUAAGUCGCUCGGGACUCAGGCCAAGAUCGAGCGCUACCUUGUGCGACUGAUCAAGGACCAAUAUGAGUACAUCGAGCAAAUCGCGGAGAAAUUGAACAUGCCAGUGCCCAAAGAUAUCGCUUUACCUGAACCUACCGAGGGUGCUCCGAUCAAGAAGGGGAACCAAUCUGCUGAUAGUGGCUACGGUAGUGGAAAGAUCAAGCAAUCGCCAGAGAUGCAGGUAAUUGAGAACAAUUCUUCACGACCUGGUUCGCCGCACCAUGAUGAAAACCAGCAGGAACUGCCACUUCCACCUGACAACCCGCCACAAGAACGAGAAACAUACCUCAGCCAUGGCACUCCGGUCGAGCUUGACCAUACUUUAUAUACUUCGUCGCCCAUUUAUCAGGAUCACAACGUCGCAGAUCACUAUAGUCAUCAACGUGCCAUGAAUGAUGGCUCAGUCCAGGCCUUCAAGUACAACCCAUCCACAUACAUUACUACACCUGUCUUGCCCUUCAACAAUAUCAAGAUGGGUGAUAUCAACCCAGGUUUGUUCAGCAACGGAUCUAUCUCCUCCCAGCACGAUCAUAUCGGGAGCACAGCCAGCACUAGCAACUACGUUUCGAGUCCUGUCUCAUACAAUCAGCCUGAAAUCGGCAACACAAGAGGGUUUCUCAAUCGACCGUAUGAUGAGGUUGGUCUCGGUACCCCCCGAUCAGCAUUCUUCCCUCACCAGGCUGCGCCUUUUUUUCCUAUCCACGAAGAUGGCAACCAGAGUGGAGGCACCCAAGGAUUACUAGCCAUACACGAUAAAGAGGUUGAUGAUCAGGAGGUGUUCGCACGCGAUGGUAUGAUUGCGGCUGAGCUGGCGAUGCCAGCACAUGGGUACGGUUUCAACCACACGGGAAGUUUCUAUGCCGAUGAACAUGCUGGCAAUCAGUCUUUUCUGGGUUUUGAAUAA